UCCAAACAAACAACAUGUUGGGGAUUUCGCUAGCUACAGGAUUGUUUUUCUUAAUUUCGGUUCGAGCAGAGCUGGAUUACAUUGGACCAUGCAGAAACACCAUUCAGACUGAUCCUAACGUAGAUUUUGAACAGUUUGCAAAGGAGAAUAAUGGAAAAUGGAACUUUGUCAAGAUUCCUGAUACACCGGCUCUUUCUGACAUUUCCAAUCUAGAACUUACCGUAAACAAGGGAGAAGAUGGGAUGUACAAAUCUACUAUCACUUCUGCAGUUGCACAGGGUAAAAAAAGAUUACUCUCUGACGAGACAAUAGAAAAUGCUGGAAAUGGACUGCUUAAAGCUACAACUAAAGAUGGAAAUGAGUUUCAAGUGUACUUCUUGAAAUACAAGCCAUCAAAGUAUGCAUAUUAUUUUGUCUGUGGAAAAAAUGGAGGGGACAAUAAUGUUGAUUAUCGUUAUGUUCUUUCACAUGAACCGCUAUCAGAAGAAGAUUCAGAUGACAUUUAUAAAUUGGAAAAACACUACAACUUCAAAGGAGAUCUGAAGGAAAUAUACACUGUGUUUUAUUAAUAAACUGUUCAGAAACAGUUAUAAAUGUUUCAAAAUAUUGUGCUAAAAAAUGUAUAGAUUUAUGAAUUUACAAUAAAAUUGUGUUUGAUAUUU